GCUGGUCACGUGACUCGUUAGUUCGGUCUGCACAUCUCAGCCGCUCCAACAUCCACUCUGGAAAAAUGGGCUUGAGAUGUUUGGAAAUUUUGCCAGAUAAAACCAUGGGGUGUAAACGCCCUUCUGACUCAUGGCUCACUUAGGCGAAGUGGGCUGAUUGUUUUUUUCUACGUUUUUAAAUGAUUUUUUAAUUUUUAUUACCGCUGACACAUUAUUAACCAGAGCGCUUCGGGGAGAAAGUGGGGAAAGACAAAGAGAAAAGAGGCUUUCAGUAGCUACAAUGGUUUGGGCCUGAAAGAGGACAAGAGCAACAUGAACCGUGAAGACCGGAAUGUGCUCCGUAUGAAAGAAAGAGAAAGGAGAAAUCAAGAAAUCCAGCAGGGAGGAGAGGCUUUUCCAGCCAAUUCCCCUCUCUUUCCUGAACCUUAUAAAGUUUCAAAGACAGAAGACAAACUUUCGAGUCGUAUCCAGAGCAUGCUAGGAAACUACGACGAAAUGAAAGAAACUAUCGGUGAACCUCCCAUUUCUAAGCUCAUGGCCAAGGCCUCAGGCUCUUCCUCCUCAGAGGAGAAAUCUAUGUAUGGUGAGUCACGUGGAGGUGGCAGCCAGAGUCAGGGCAACAAAUGGACUCCUGUGGGCCCGGCUUCUGGCACCUCCAGCUCCUCUUCCUCCAAAUCCCAGAAUCGCUCCAGCUCGGGCAGCCACAGCAGUAGCCAGCGCAGUGGCAAUGGUGGCAGCAGCAGCCAGCGGCACGACCGAGACUUUAGCAGCAGCAGUAGUAGCAGCAAGAAGUCCAGCAAGCACGAGCACAAGUCGCACACCACCUCCAGCCCAGCCAAGGGCUCCCUGAACUCUAGUAGCCACUCGCGCUCGCUAACAGCCGAGCACCAUGGCAAGGAGCGUUAUCGUUCCAAGUCACCCAGAGACCGUGAGGCCAACUGGGACUCGCCAUCCAGGGUGCACUCCUCUUCUUCGUCAUCCUCUUCAUCCUUCCCCAGCGGCCAGCAUUCCAGCCAGACUUUUCCUCCCUCACUCAUGUCCAAACCGGGCUCUAUGCUACAGAAGCCCACAGCCUACGUGAGGCCCAUGGACGGCCAGGAGACGGCAGAGCCCAAGACUUCAUCCGAGUCUUAUGGAGGCCAGUCUCACAGCAGCAGUGUGGGGGACAUAAAGGGCAAUGGGAAAGCAUCGCUCACCAAGCUCAAGAUUCCAGCACCAGUAGAGGGUUCCAUGACGGGAGACCCAAGCUGUGUUGAUGAGAUUUUGAAGGAAAUGACUCAGACAUGGCCUCCACCACUUACAGCUAUUCAUACUCCUUGCAAGACAGAACCUUCAAAGUUCCCCUUCCCUACUAAGGAUGCCCAGCACCCUGGUUUUGGACCGAAAAAAUGUAUCUCAGGAAAGGGCUCAUCCUCAAUUCCGCAGAAUAAAGCAUGCGACGGUGAACAGCCCACUAUGCUGCACGAUGAUCUGAAACUCAGCAGCAGUGAAGAUAGUGAUGGAGAGCAAGACCCUGCUAAAAGGAACACCUCAGCAAGUAAUAACAGUAAUAAUAACAGUGAAGUAGCGGAGCGAGAAGAUUCUAGCAGCCGCAGUGGCUCAGACAGCAGCUCUGGAUCUGAGAGCGAAAGUGAAAGCAGUUCCACUGACAGCGAGACCAAUGAACCACCACGCGCAGCUUCACCUGAGCGUGAACCCCACAACUGGCAACUCGACAACUGGUUGUCCAAGAUGGAAGACCGUGAGGCCAACACGGGUCGAGGCUACGGCAGCCAGGGCUCCAAGGACUCUACGCCUACUCCAGGUCGAGACCUGCGAGCCGCACAAAAGGGUUCAGAAAGCGGCCGGGGCCGGCAGAAGUCUCCUGCUCAAAGCGAGGGUGGUGGCUCCAGCCAGAGGCGUGUUGUGGGCAAAAAGCAGCCCAAGAAGCCGGAGAAGCCACCUGUGGUGGAGGAGCCUAAAGGUGGACUGAAGGUGGAGAGUGAACCACCACCUGAGAUUCCACCACAACGCGCCCGGGCGCCUAACAAGGGCCCGCGCAAGCCCAACAUUAAGAAGGAGCCCAAGUCAUCAUCCUCACCCCGUGCAGCACAGGAGAAGCGCAAGCCUAAGGGACCAGCCAAGCCUCUUCAAAAGUCACGGGAGUUUGUGGACACUGCCUCAUCAUCGUCUGACUCUGAGGGCGAGGAGAGCGCGCCCUCCUCUUCACAGACGCCCAAAUAUCCAGAGAGCAUCCGUACGCCCGUUUGUGUCUUUUCACCCAUGGAGGGCACAGAACUGCUAUCGCCACUCAGUGACCCUGACGACAGGCCACCACCCCCUAGGCAGCUUCUGGUCACCAUUGACCUGAACCUGCUGAGUCGUGUGCCUGGUAGGCCUUACAAGGACUCCGAAGUGAAGGUGGAGAGAGAAUCAGCAGGAGAGAACAAGGACUUCCAGAAGCAGCCAGGGGAGAAAUCAACAAGCAAGACCAAGAGAAAACAUAAGCCUGAUGAAGAAAGCCUUAAGCCAGAAAGCAAGAAAUCCAGGCUGGAAGAGAAGUCUUCACAUCAUAAACCGAAUAAGGAGUCAUCGAAGCGGAGUGUGAAUAAGGAGAAAGAGCCUGUGCCCUCUCCCUCUCUGGCCCUCCCACGAAUCCCCAAGCCGGAGCACCAGGGCCGCAAACGCACGGCUAGCCAGUCGUCCUCCUCGAUGCCCAGCAGUACCAGCAGCAAGGAGGGCAGUAAGAGCAGCUCCAAGCGAAAGAGCGAGGACAAACAAGGUCGCAGCAGAGAAACAAAGGAGAAGAGCUCAAAGACAGAGAAUCAGCUUGCUGUACCUCCUCUCUCUCCAGACAGUUCAAAGAGAUCAAAACUGCUCUUCGAGGACAGGGUUCAUUCUGCUGACCAUUACCUCCAAGAGGCCAAGAAGCUGAAGCACAAUGCAGAUGCUCUGAUGGACAGGUUUGAGAAGGCUGUGAAUUAUCUGGAUGCUGUGGUCUCCUUUAUUGAAUGUGGGAAUGCCUUGGAGAAAAGUGCCCAGGAGGCCAAAUCCCCUUUCCCUAUGUAUGCUGAAACCGUGGAACUCAUCAAGUACACUAUGAAAUUAAAGAGCUAUAUGGCACCAGACGCUACCUCAGCAGACAAACGGGUAGCCGUACUAUGUCUGAGGUGUCAGUCUCUCCUCUACUUGAGACUCUUCAAGCUGAGGAAGGAAAGUGCACUGAAGUAUUCCAAGACACUCACUGAACAUUUAAAGAAUUCAUUGAGUAAUACUCAAGCUCCCUCUCCUGGAAUGGGAAAUAAAGCCGCCGGUAUGCCAUCCCCAGUGUCCCCGAAGUUGUCUCCUGGCAGCGCUGGCAGCUAUUCCUCCAGCAGCUCCAGCCAGAGCAGCAGCUCCUCAGUUACCAUCCCUCAGCGCAUCCACCAGAUGGCUGCCAGCUAUGUGCAGGUCACCUCCAAUUUCCUCUUCGCCACUGAAGUAUGGGACCAGGCUGAGCAACUGGCCAAAGAGCAGAGAGAGUUCUUCGCUGAGCUGGACAAGGUGAUGGGCCCGCUGCUCUUUAACACCAGCACAAUGACUGAACUGGUGCGUUUCACUCGGCAGGGCCUCCACUGGCUACGACUCGACGCCAAGCUCACGUCAUAAAAGCCUCGCGUCCCCCGCCUCCCCUGCAUCCGCGCUCCUCUACACUUCCACUCAACACUCUCAGACUUGAUCUGCCUCAGACAUAUCUGUGACACUGUGUCCAUUUUCUUACACCAGCUUGCCAAAAAACUAAACAAAACAAAAAAAAAAUAACACAGCUAUUAGGAGCUCCCCACCACACUCUCCUUGACCCCUUAUAAAUAUUCAUGAGGAGGGAGGCAACCAAGUGCACAUUAAUCAACUGAGCAUUCUUAGGCUGCGAUUGUCCUGUCCACAUUAUUGGGUCUUUUUGGGCCAAAAAAGGAAAAGCCAUUUUUUCAGUUUUCUUACCUUGGCCUCUUUUUUUUUUUUUUUUUUUUUUUUUUUUUUUUUUCCUCUGCUUAGUUUUUUUUUUAUUUAUUUUUUUUAUCUCUUACAGCUGUGAACAACCAUGAACAAUACUAUGGACUUUUUAUGGCUUUUUUUUGUUUGUUUUUUAGUUUUUGUUUUGUUUUAACCAAAGUACCUCCCUUUAACCAAAGGUGCUUUAAAACGAAGGGUUUAUCCUUUUAUCUUUUUUGUGCCUUGUAUAUGAUAUACAGGAAGCUAGGAGAUACUGUGCUGUGUUUAUCCACAGGAGUGGAUCCUGAAGCAAAGUUGCGUCAGUAGAGGGAGGGGUCUGUGCUGUGGAAAGCUAAUGGACGUUAACCGUAAUCCGAGAACGCAUUCCAUUUGGUGUGCAGAGCACAUGGAAGCUACGCUGCAUCAUAGAGAGAUAUCGUUGCAUGCACAAAGAGUAUCUGUUGUCUUCGAGGGCGCCAAGCCAACUAGUCAUCCCUGUUCGACGUGGCCAUGGUCCUUAAUGGUCUGCAAGUCCGAUGAUGUGGAACGUGUCAGCAGGUUUUUAUAUUUUGCAUCGCCUUGUUGACCAAAAGGACACUAAACAUCAUAUCAUAUCUUUUUUUUUUAUUUAAUUUAUAUUUUUCACUUUGCUCCUAGUUGUCUGUACAUUGCUGGUCAUUAAUUAAUCUUUCAGAGUUCUAACACAAUAUAUUGUUCAUUGUAACUUGUUCAUGCUGGCCAAGGCUUUUAGAAUUUUAGGGGACUCUUAGCUAACUCUCCAUUUAGUUCCCCCCCCCCCCUAAGCACAGGAGUAUUUUAUUCACUCAAGUACCUGGCCCAAAAUAUAUAUCUAUAAAUAUAAAUAUAUUUUAUUUAGAUAGAGAAAAUUAGCUUUGUUCAAAAUUGCAUUUUCACUUGCAGUUUGCUAGUAUUUUUUGUUUGUUUGUUUAUUUGAAUACAGGGUUGUAAUAUGAGAUGAGAUGUAUUUCUAUUGUAUAUGAAAUGUCAUAUUUAAAUAUUUAAAAGUCAAGUCUUGAGGUUCCCUUUAUAGCUUCAUAGUCAUUUGUGUACUACAAAUCAUUUAAAGGAAAGAAGUCAUCUAAGGAAUAUAUUUGAUACAUACUGUUGAAAUUUACAGUUUAUAUACGUAUACAAAAACGCAGUAUAUUUCAGGUUGAAGUUGUUGGAACUAAUGGGAGCCUGUCCAGAAAUACAAGCAGUUUUACGAUCGUAUUGUUCCAUAGCCGUCUUCUCAUUUUUCUGAAGUGUUUGCAGUAUGUUGGCCGUCCUGGGCUGAAAGUUCAGUAGAGUAAACCACUUGUGAUGGUACAGUAAUAAGAAAAGAAGUGGAUUUAAUGUCUCUUUAAGAUUGAAGUUUUUUGGGUUCAGUCCGCAGUGGGUAUUAAAUGCUGGAAAUCUACCAUUUCUUGCACUAGAAACUUUUUAUUUCAUUGGCUCCCUGUUUUUUCUGUAGGGACAAACUGUUAUUUCUUCUUGCACUCGUUCAGAGAUUCAGAGUCGAGGAAGAAAUCUGUCUAUGCAGAAUUUUUAGUUUUUCCUCUUUCCCUUUUCCUUUCACAGUCCUCAUAACAAACAUGGGCCGUAAGUUCAGCAUCAGUAAUUCAGUGCUGUUUCAGGUUUAGUUUUCAUAUUCGUAUUUCAAGUAUUGCACAUUGACUUUAAACUUUGGGUUUGGUUAGAUUAAUGUAAGGAUUCUUCCUAUGUAUGUUUUAUAAAAAGACAAUUCUGGCCAAGAAUACACUGACAUGUAACAAGUCAUGGGAAAAGAAAUAUUAGUAUUGUGUCCUAUGGGAGCUAAAGGACACUGCACUGACCUAAGAGAUAUGCAUGUGGGGUCUCUUGCAUUAUCAUAUGUAAGGCUGCAACGAUUAGUCAAUAUAAUCACCAAUGUUGAUUAUUUAAAUUUGUCAACUACAGAUUUCAUUGUCGACUAAUCAUUAAUUUGUAACAACAGUACUGUAUAUCACAAAAUGUUGGGGACAAGCGCAAUGGGAGAUAAAGUCACUUGUCUGUUCACAAUAACAAUUCUAGACAAUGGAAUGGAAUGGAUGGGCCAUUCCAUUUUCUUAAGAUUUGUGGGAACUGAACAUAAUUUGAUCUACAGGGAACAUGUAACAGAAGGCGCCACCGGCAAUUGCCACUGUGCAGUCCACUGUGGGUGGUAAUUACCGAUAAUGCCUUCUGUUACAUGUUCCCUGUAGAUCAAAUUAUGUUCAGUUCCCACAAAUCUUAAGAAAAUGGAAUGGCUCAUCCAUCAGGCUUCACAUGCACUUGGCUGCCUUGCCAAAGUUUCAAGUCCUACAGGAGUGGCUUCCCAAGUUUUCCCUUAAGAUAUUUCUUUACUCAUUUACAUUUUGCUCUCCCAUGACUGGUAUGUCAGUGUAUUUAAGGUUUACCUCCACAGACUGUUGAAUAAUAUAUGCAGGCGCACAGCGUUUUCUGUCUGUUCAAGAUCCACAAUCCAUGAUCAAGACAAUUUUCACUGCUUGGUUUAGUAGUGAAAUUACCGAGAUUAAUAAAUGUCUGGAUCAGGCAGAUCGAUAGCACCGUUUUACUGUUAAGGUACAUCUGGAGCAAUGAACUUGGAUAAAUUGUCUUUUUAUAUAUUAUACUUGUUUAGUAUGUAUUUGCAUUGCGAUUCAAGACCAUUACUAAGAGCCCACUGAUUUUUGUGACUUGCGUAUCAAAUUAACUUAUGCACUACUUUCAUAUAUUUUAUUUUUUCUUUUCCUAUUAAGUAGAGGUUCCAGGGUGAAAAAUAACUACAGUUGAAUUUGAUACAUCACAAAAAAAUGUUCACGCCAUGUUUAUUUGGCAUGUUUUUAUUUCUAGCUGGGUUGUUUUAGGGUUUUUUUUUAAGCUAUUUUUAAUAGGACUGCUUUUAGAUGAAUAAUUCUCUUAUUAUUACGAUUAUAAACCAGGGUAAGACAACUCUUUUCUGACAUCCUCUAUACAAUAAAAGAGCAAAACACUUGCAUGUUUCUAUUUAAAUACUACACUGUACAAAUGUACAUAAUGUCUUUUAGGGUAAAUUUUUAUGGCCGUUUAACAUUUGUAUUAAGUUGUAAAUAGAAUGUGAAUAUUAUACGCAUUUUUCAUUACUGAAAUUUUUAUUUCUUCCUCUUUGGUUGACACUUUGGACUCGACACUGUACGUACGGCGCUCUGUGUGGGGUUUCUUUUUGUUUACGUUUUCUCGUUGCUUCGUUUUCUGCCACAUCCGUUACUGUCCUGUUCUUUUCUACAGCUUUGAUCAUGUCGCUGCGUGUUUUUUCUCAUGGAAAUCCGUAGAAAUGAUUAGUAUGUUUUGUGUACUAUAUGAUGGAGUCGUCAUUCAGUUGAUCUCUGUUUUCGAAUCCUGUUAAAAUGAGAUGAUGUUGGCAGUUGGUCGUGAGGAGGUCCCGCUGUAGGACCACUGUAGCCUGUGUUCUCCUCUGAGCUGUUGCCGAGGUGUUCUAUAUGUUGAUCUGGUCUCGAUGUGUAUAUGUCGUACUCAUUUCGUGAUCCGCGAGAGGGCAGAUUAGAUUAUCUUGGCGAAAAAGGUCGGUUCAGUAUAGUCCAAAUCAAUUUAGUUUUAAAGUAUUACAAAGAGAUUGACGAGAGAAAUUUUACAUAUAUAUUAUGGAUGCAAUAUGAUUUCUGAGAUAAUGGUACUCCCAUGAGCCUUGAUUAUCUUCACUUGUAAUUUAAAAACUUUUUUUUUUUUUUGUGAAGUGAGUAUUACUGGAUACUAAUGGGUUUUCCGAGUCUGUUGCGAAUAUUCUUUGUAUUUUGCUGUAUUGAGAAUAAAAUAUAUGAUCAAG